AUGCAGGGCAGCACAUAUCCUUAUAUUGCCAACGCCGACCAGUCUCCUACCACGUCGUACUUCAGCGACAACGAUCAGACAUUCAACAACGUCGGCUACGCACCAUCAAAGCUCUCACACGNNCCCGCUGCUCAUCUAGCUAUGCAAAACAUGGCUAUUGACCAGCACAACUCAACUUACAACGAGGACAUUCCGGACUUUGCACACUCGUCACGGCAUUCAGUCUCAAGCAAGGGUCAGGACUCACCGUCAACGCCUCAGCCGAGGUCGAGUUCUGACCAUGACAAUGAAGAGAGACCGCCUCUCUUCAAGAUGCCAACCAAUGGUGAGGAAGUACCAGAUCUGGAACUAUUUGAGCGAUACUUAUUUAUGAGUUCGCAACCAGACUACAAAGCCAAUGCCCCUCGCGUCGAGCUCAAUCGAACAGAGUCUGCUGCUUUUGCCGACGAGCUCUUCAACCCAAACAACCCUGAUGCCCUUCAGCCACCAACGAUACAUACCACCAACAACAACAACAACAACAACAACAACAACAACAACAACAACAACAACAACAACAACAACAUGCUCUCGCCACACCGCAACUUGAUCGACGAGAGGUUACGCACCGCCAACAGCAUCCGCUCCCAGUCACCCGUCGGGGACGUGUCGCGUGAGCGUUCGCCUUUCAGACAGAACUCACCCUUUGCAGCAUCCGCUUCCCAGAACUUCAAAUCACCAGGUCCAUUCUUGGCUACUGCUGCAGAUUCGAGGCGUCAGCAGAGAGAAGAGGCGAGCGCUAGAGAAUGGAUGUCACACCAGCCCAAGUUACGACGAGAGCCUACCAAGACCAUGUCACCCAAGGAUGCCCUCCUCGACUUCAAUGACAGCGAGGGUUCAGACAUGCCUCUGUUCGCUGACACGCUGCCUUCGGGAUACAACUUUGCAUCCAGCAUGGCGGCUCCUCCAACCAACGUUGCUGGCUUCCGUGCUUCGUCCUCAGACCAAUCAUCCAUCGGCUCUACUACUUUCAAUUUCUUGCCACCUCAGCAACCAGUAAUACCGAGCAAUCCUUAUGCUCCUGCACAUUAUCGCUCUACUGACUUCAACACUGAAUCCACGCCAGACUUCCCUGCUCACCUGGCCACUAUGGAGUCAUCCAUGAGUGAGGGUCCUGGUGCCUCUUCUCAAGGUAGCAUGACUGCUGCUUCUAUCUCGAGGCCACAGCACACCACUGCCGAUACUGGCAGCUACACAUGCACUGCCGAUGGCUGUUAUCAGCGCUUUGACUCGGCCGUCAAGCUGCAGAAGCACAGACGUGAUGCACACCCAGCUCGUCAGUCUUUGUCAUCGACAGGUACUGCCACCUCAUCUCCCGAGGAAGACCGUCGCUCGAGUUCACCUGCUGCUGCUGGAAGCCUGGGUAGCUCUAUGACUGCAGCUGCCCUUGCCGAGCGCAACUCACAGCAAGGUCCUCACAAGUGUACACGUAUCAACCCAUCGACUGGCAAGCCUUGCAAUAGCAUCUUCAGCAGACCAUACGAUCUUACCCGUCAUGAAGAUACUAUCCAUAACCGACAGAAGCAANAGGUUCGUUGCCAGUACUGUCGCGAGGAGAAGACCUUCUCUCGUGCAGAUGCCCUCACGCGUCACAUGAGAGUUGUUCACCCCGAGAUCGACUUCCACGGUAAGCGUGGACGAAAGGGUGAUCACUUCUAG